AUGCAUGCAUUUCUCAACACGUACAACUAUCACCGCCAGCAUGCGCCUAUAUCCGGUACUGUACUCGAGGCAAAGAACAUCCAGGGGGCGGCCUACAUGGAGGUCAACGAGAAGUGCCAACCCAUCCGAGAGAUCCCGGUCUCUGGUGAAGGAAAGAGGCAAGACUCCAAGUCCGUGCUGGAGGUGCCCGACUGUCCGGGCUACCAGUUCCUCCAAACUAGGGGUUGCGUCAUCAUCGACAACCCGGUGCUCGGGAAAGUGGCCGUGCUGCCGAUUGGCAUGGCCAUUGUAUCGGGUGUCAGGUUGACAGUAAGAGAAGGGGAUAUAGUGAGAAAGGGCGACGAGAUCUCAACCUUCUUGUUCGGGGGGUCGGAUAUCAUCCUCGUGUUCCAGAAGAAGGCAGGCUUGCAGGUCAAAGACUUUGUGCCCUCACCAAUGGACGAAGCCGGCAACCAGACCCAUUCCAAGUAUGGGACCAUUCUUGCGAGGGCGCCUUAA